UGGACGAUCGCAAGAACAGUCAGUUUGAGGAUCACUCAUGAACAUGGACACAUGUUUGUAUAUGCUUGCAUCUGUUUGUAGGUAGCCUUUGGAUUCGAUUCCGCACACGGGUACAAUCGCCUCUUGGCAUCUGUAAACUUUGCAUUUUGUCACACAUCCAGGUUUACUGCUGCCUUUCCCCUCCUCGUUGGCACAAAAUGAAGGAAAUCUACGCUCGACUGGAAACGGUACGUCCGGGACGCACAUUAUUUGUACGUCAAGUCUCCAUGGGACAAGAAAAUAGCGCCACGCGCCUGCAGCUUGUGUGUGUGCACGGUCUCUGUGGAACCGAGCGACAUUUUCUACCCUUCUUGCACGCUCUGGAUCACGCGGUAGCGUCCAACGAUAUAUGGCUCCAAAGCAUAUCGUACGAUUGGAUGGGAUGUGGGAAGUCACCGUUGAUACCAUCCUUUGACGCCUACCAUAAUCGAGAAACCGAGGCGGAUUUGUUGGCCGUUCUACAGCGACUCGAUUCAUCGGUACCCACCGUCUUACUCGCGCAUUCGUACGGUCCCAGUAUCGUUGCGCAAGUUUUGCCGCAAAUCACUUCCCAGUUGCGCUUGGUGGGUAUUGUUUGGGUAUCGACGGCCUUGAAGAGCGAUACCAUAACCUUCUUAGCCGAUGGUGGUCCCCCGCUGAUGAAAUUGCCCACCUUUGUCUUGCGCUGUAUGCAGCCUUCGUUAACGAACAGCUUUGUCCAAGCGGCCGUGCUCGACUCCCAUACCGACGUACAAACCGUAGUCCGGAACGACAGCAACGCCAACGACAUGUGGGUCGCCAAGUGCUACCAUCGGCAUACUUGCUGGGCGCACGUCGACUUGGUACAGAACCUACCAAUCGAUCAUUUGGUUCUGCACGGAGCCGAGGAUGGAUUGUUGCCAAUUACGGCCGGGCAGGAUUUGGCGAAUCGACUCGGUACCGAGUUGAUUGCGAUUGACCAGGCGAGCCACAUGCUAAUGCUGGAACAGCCAACGAAAAUGGCUACUGCCGUCGCGGCCUUUCUAUCGCAACGUUUUGCCGCACCAACUGCAGGAAGCGUUCCCACCUCUGCAGCCUAA